GGUUCAAAGCUGGAAAUACCUCUGUGGCUUGCUAAAGGUCUACGUGACAGCAAAAGAAGAAUUGUUUCUGUGGAACUGCCAAAGAUUUACAAGGAAGCCUGGAGGACGGUAUUCAGCGCUGAUGCCAAUGUGGUUGAUCUGCAUAAAAUGGGGCCGUACUACUAUGGAUUUGGUUCCCAGCUUCUGAAUUUUGACAAUCCAGAGAAUCCUGAGAUAGCUCAGACUAUCCUGCAGACAUUUAUUAGCCGCUUUCGUCGUAUCAUGGACUCCUCUCAGAACGCCUACAACGAAGACACGUCAGCGCUGGUGGCUCGGCUGGAUGAACUGGAACGAGCCUUAUUUCGAGCUGGCCAGAAAGGGCUGCAUGACUUCCAGUGCUGGGAAAAGGGACAGGCUUCUCAACUCACAGCUUCCAGUCUCAUCCAGAAUUACGGGAAGAGGAAGUUCACAGAUGCAGAUCGUUAA